AUGGUGACCUUUAAGGAGAGGUUUGCUGUUCCUGCAGACAAGUGGAGCGACGGGGACGGCUAUACAGUGCCCAUUGGCUUCACCAAUCCGAACUGGGAAUCCGCCAUUAUCUACAAUACGGAGAUCAUUGGCUUCAGGACGAAGCUGGGGCCAUUCGGAUCCGGCUCUCCGAACGCGUUCGAGCUCGCUGCCAACGACCCGACAGUGCACGUUGCCCAAGAACUGUGGGAUUAUGCAUUGACUGCCUUCGUCGCAAGUUUCAAUGCAGCAAAUCCGGACAAGGCCCUUGACCGAGUGAAGGCGUUGGACUAUUCAGGGACAGACGGCAUGUACAUCUUUCCGAAGACUUAUGAGCCAUACUACGCAGACUCGGGCAAGUCACUUGAGUUCUACAAGGACCUCAAUGUCAGUUGGGGCAACUAUCAGAACUACUUCUCUCCGAUGUCGGUCUUUUCCGAUCCUUCGGCUUUUGACGACUGCAGUCACCCAACCGUGGCAUCCGAUGGAGUCAUGGACGACUAUAUCACAUUCACAGGCGAUGUGGAUGCCAUAGUCACUGUCAACGGGCAGAGGAAGUGGACCUGCUACCAGGAGAAGUGGUGGAUGUCGCCAGCUUGCCGGGAUGCGCCAAUGACUUGUGCUCCCAUGAUCACGAACUCGUUCUGGUCCUACAACCCAUCGCGGCAGAAGGCUGCUGUCUACAACAUCGCCAUGUCCAUUGCCAAUACGAUCGCGUACUCCGAUUACACGUCUAUGCCGAAGCAGCAUAGAACCUUCUCGUACUGGUGGUCACCAGACAUCACUUUCAAGGCAGACGGGGCCGUGAAGGUGAUCUUCCUCCCGUACAGAGAAGACGAAUACGCGAUUGGGAAGCUCGGUUCAAGUUCUAGCUUCAUGAUACAUACAACGCCCUGA